GCUGAUUUGGUGGACACUAUGCGCUUUCAAUUCCUGGAUCCACAACGAAUCAAGUUCCGGAUGGACUGAUGCUUUAAGGACAUCGCUUAAUCAAGUCAGUGUGGAAACCUAAUUUAGGUCCGAUCUUUUCAUCAGAGUGCGUGGCUUGUGGUGAACUUAUUUGUAGCAAGGGGAACAGAACUUCAGUAAGACAUCGCUUGGAACUGCUGAUACGUCUUCAAAGAAAUCUCGUAGAUUUUUAUAUUUCCCUCCUAUAAUCGUGUGCGUGAGACAUAACAGCGAUUGUUCCCUUUUAGAAAACGCUUUCAUUUCUAGAAUUCGCAGGUUAAAACCCAGUUUCGUUUGGCUGCUUAAAAACAUUUUCUUUUUAAUGAGAAGUAAUGUUUCUGGACUGUCUAUAAAUAUACUACUAACAGAUGUUGGCUUAUAUGAUUGUGUUGUAAAAUCCGUGGCAGAAGCCGUUUCAGCUGUUCUGGUAUGUUUUGUCCAACAGUUGCAGUACUGCAUAUCUUCAUUCUGUGUGUGUGUGUGUGUGUGUGUGUGCGCGCGUUAGUGUGGGUUAUUCACAGUGUUGCUAUGCAGACAGACUGGAGCCACACUUAGACAGCUUUACUUGAACCCCAGUCUGAGGGUUAGGCCUGGGCUGCUCACAGUGAAAGAAAUCUUUGAAGCACAGGAAAACCUCUGCAUUUUCCAGUCAAAGUUGCGUGGAAUAGCAUAUGUUACACAGCUUGGUGUAUUAGUGUUGAUUUUUCAGGAUGCUGUUAUGCAGACAGAGAGGAGCCAUAUAAAACCUGCUGGUAACAGCCAUGACAGAGCACAUCCUGUUAUGUUGCUAAACAGAAUGUGUGAGACAACGUUUGAAUCUUCUGGUUGUAGUUUGCUAUGUGCUGUCGACUACUUAAAUUAAGUAUACACCAACUUUACCAUCCAUAUUUCCUAAAAUAAAGAAGCACAUGCUUUAAUGAGAAAAAUGUACUGAAUGCCAACCCUUCUAUGGUGAAACUUGUCUAGAAAUUAAAUGUCUUUUAUUUUAAUUUAAAUUUGCAAGUUUAUUGUUUUAAUGGAAUUGUGUCUGAAAUUAACUUUGCUUUAACUUGUUAUACAAAUUGUUGCAAAAUGAAAAAAUCUCUUUUACUGAAUAAUUAUUUGAACAACACAGACAACAAAGAGUCAGUUGUGAUCUCUGUCCCAGGUACGAACAAGAAAUUCAAGAGAAAGUCCCGUGAGCCUAAAAGACUUUGUACUGGUAUUGAAACUGAAAACAUGAACAGAUUCCCAAUGGACAUGUCAGAAAUAGACUUUGUAGAUGACCAAAUGGUUAACUUCAGCAAACUGGCUCCUCUCCAGAGACCACUGAUGAGGUCACAUGAUAUUAUAGCCAAUAGCAGUGACAUUCUGUCAGCAAGACAAGAGGACAGUACAGCACCAGGCCAGAGCGGUGCCAUAGAUAUGAGAGUUGGCAUUAACAUACCAUCAGUGUCUACUAAAGUGUCCCAGUCACCUGCCUCUCCCCUGUCCUAUCAUGAAAUAUCCCACUGGCCAAUUUCCAUCUCUCAGCCCUUGAACAACAGACUGAAGCUUGGUCUACACUCCACCUUACCUGUGCCAGCAGCAACCAGUGGCACCAUUUCUCCCAGCCAUCAGGCAUUCUGUUGGGAGUCCUCACUGCCUGGCCAGCCUGCAACAGCACCCAGAGUCUCCCAGGGCUUCGACCAUGUAAAAGCUCAAGUCUCUGAACAGAAGGAAUCUCCAAGGAAGAGGGUUGGAGUUGAUGCUGAUACACGGGCACGUCUUCCAGAGGUCAAAGCUAUACAACAAACUAGAAGGCUACUGGCCAAUGCCAGGGAGAGGACUCGUGUUCACACCAUCAGUGCUGCAUUUGAGGCACUAAGGAAACAGGUGCCGUGCUACUCCUAUGGACAGAAACUUUCCAAGCUUGCUAUAUUACGUAUUGCUUGCAACUACAUUCUGUCUUUGGCUCACUUAGCUGAGCUUGACUACAGUCCAGAUCACAGCAGUGUGAGCUUCUCUCAGUGUGUGGAACAGUGUACCAGGACCCUACAGGCUGAAGGGAGGAGCAAAAAACGGAAGGUGAGGCAGCUCUCAUUUCCAGCUAACCAUCCAUCAUUAAAAAGGAUCAUAUAAUACAAAUUUUUUUUUGAAUCUCUGAAUUACCAGGUUUUUACUAUUGUCUUAUAGGGGGCCAGAGUGGGUCUCAUUUUUACUCUCAGAGUUUUAUGUGUAAAAUAAGGUGACCAGAUUUCCAAGACUAAAUCUGGGGACAUUUCUUGCUCAGAGAUAAAAGAAGUAAAUUUAUCAAAAUAAAAUGAAGAAAAUGGGUCAGUUA